AACCGGUAUUUUCAAAUAGGAAAAUUUUUUUUUUUAGAAUCGUGAAUUUAUAGAACUUACUGUUAUAUUGUUUUUAUUGUUCUUACAAUAAAUUUUUUCUGUUUUUAAAUUUUUAUUUUAAUUAAAUUAGCUUUGGAAUAAGUUUUAAAAUAAUAAACAAAAAUAAGAAAAUGUUUGGUACAACAGGAUUAUAUGCAACAUCAAAACAGGAUAUUUUCAAUGUUGAUUUCAAAUCGGAUUAUAUUUAUAAUGAUCGAUGUAAUGAAUCAAGUGAAUGUAAAAAUUUCGAAUACUGUGAUUUACAAACUCGAUUUUGUGAAUGUUUCCCACAUUACCAAAGAGACUACAAUACUGGACUAUGUGAAAUUUGUCCUUCACUAGGGGAAGCAUGUGGCAACUGUUGUAAAAGUGUUGAAUUAGUAUGUAUCGAAGGAAUUUGCGAAUGUGGUUUUGAUUAUUCAACGUGCAGUUCUGCUAACGGUGGAUAUUUGGUAACAGCAUCACAAAUAGCAUUAUCAGCUGCUUUAAUAAUGGGUAUUGCCGCACUAGCAAUGGUUGUUUACCGUUUAUGUACCAGGCCAAAAUAUUUGUCAGCGCGUCAUAGAGCUGCAUUGGCUAGAGCACGAGGAAAUCAAAAUGAUAAUGAUCCUGCUAAUAAUUAUCCAAGUGAUGCUCGAACAUCAUUGACAUCAAUGCAAAUUCGUGUUAUAAAUAGAUUAAGAGAUCGUCCACCCACAUAUGAUGGUAUUAAUAAUUCUAAUGUACGUGAUAGAAAUUCUAAUGGAUUAACAUCUGCACCAAAUAUAAUAACAGCAACAAAUAUUAAUUCAUCAAAUAAUAUUAAUAACAAUGGUAUAACAGUUCAAAGAAAUAUUGAUGCACCACCACCAUAUCUAAAUUCUGACAAUCAAUUAGAACUGGAAUUACAUCGACCACCUCCAUAUACUGAAGUAAUUCUAUGUCCUGCCGGUUAUUUAAAUGAAUCAUAUACAAAUACAGAGAAUUUAUCAAAUAGUGAUGGAACAACUAGAAAUAAUAAUGAUAAUAAUAAUAACAAUAAUAAUAAUAAUAAUAUUAUAAAUGGAAAUGUUGAAAAUAAUUCAAAUGUUACAAUUAAUAUUUCUAAUAACAGCUUAACUAUUCAAAAAGAUUGUAAUGGAAACGAACUUAUUAAUAGUGAUGAUAAUAUUGGGGAUUUGAAAAAUAAAGAUUCUAACACAAAUAAAAGUAGUAAAAAAGAUGACAAGAGUAGUAAUAAUAAUUGAUAGUAUGUAUGUAUAUAUAGUGUAUAGUGUUGGCAAAUUGUACUGAAAUUGAUCAAAAAUUAAAACCAAAAGUUGUAUAUAGUUUUGUAUGUUUGUAAAGCAGUUAGUUAGAUAUAUUUUAAGUGACUUGUAUUUUAUUAUUUUUUUUUUCAUUUAAUUAUUUUAUUUCUAUAAUUUAAGCAAUAUAAAUUAAGAAAUUGUUAUUGAAAUUAAAAUAAAUAUAUUGAAACUACGAGUAUAUCAAUAAUUUUGUACAUAUGUAUAUAAUAUAGAAAUAUAAGAG